AGGCAUUUUUUUAAGAAGUGGUCUAUAAGCUUCAUCAUACGGUCAGUAUCAUUGUCCAUGACUUCAUUGAAUGAUCGUCGCUAUUAUCAAAACUCAAAUACCAGUCAGUGUAACUGUUGUCCAUAUGGAUUUCACAUCGAACUUGAUUUUGUGAAAUUUGCGGAAAAUAUCUCGAAGGGAAAUUUCGAUAAACAGGUAAAUAUUUAUAAGUUAAAUGUUAUUUUCAGAUAUGGAAAAUGGAAUGAUUCAAUGAGAAUUGAAAUGGUAUCGAUAGGAACAUCAACUCCACCAUUGUUACCAUUAAAACGAUGUGUUGAAUGCUUAAAAAUGAAGCAGCAAAUAGAUUCACUUAAAACUAAAUCAGAAGCAGUUUCUGAAGGAGUUGAGUCUGUCGAAGAGUUGUCGAAACGACAACGAACAGCAGACGAUUAUACUGAUAAUGCAAAAGUGCUUGGGUCUGCUCGAGCUGAAGCUAUUAAGAAACUCCUCACUGAUAAGUGUGACCAAUCAGGUGAUCGAUCAGAAAAACAAACGUUUAAGCGAAGCACAAAAUUAUCAAAAUCGUAUCGAGUUCCAAAAAAUAAAGGUGAUGAUCUACAAUACAUUGUAGGGUCCAUUUUCCGCAAGUUUUUUACUGCUUCAUGCCCUUCGACACCUCAAACAAACAAGGGUGCACUAAAAGAAAAAGUUGUUCUAAAAAAAGAAACAGUAAUAAAAAUGCCUCCAUCAAAAGUCCCCGAACCAGUACCAGCAAGGAUUCCUCGACCGAAAUUCUCCAGAUAUAGUCCAGCUGAAGCUACUCCUCAAUCACCUGAUGAGGUAUCAUUAAAAAUUGAUUUCAUUUUCGAAUUAGAAUGGGCAGUAAAAUAUGUUCAGCACCAAUGGUUGAAGACAACUGCUCGAAAAACAUCAUCACCAAUACAAGUGAAAGGUUUUAUCGAUGCCGUUAAGGAAAUUUCCAUAUCUAUUCUCAAUUAUAUCGUUAAUAUCACCGAUCAAAAUGAAAAUACUGCACUUCAUUAUGCUGUCUCACACGGCAAUUUAGAUGUAGUAAGCGUACUUUUGGAUACAAAACUAUGCGACUUGAAUUUUAUGAACAAAGCUGGUUACACUCCUGUGAUGUUAGCAGCAUUAUAUGAUGCCUCCGAUGAGAUAAAACUUACGGUCAUACAAAGAAUCUUCGAAAUGGGUGAUGUUAAUAUCAAAGCAAAUAAGCAUGCGCAAACAGCACUAAUGCUCGCUGCAUCUCAUGGAAAUGUCAAUACCACAAGGAUUCUAUUGCAGUGCAAUGCUGAUGUUAAUAUCCAGGACGAAGAAGGUUCAACAGCUUUAAUGUGCGCCGCUGAACAUGGACAUAAAGAAAUUGUGAAAUUGUUGCUUAAACAUCCGACAAUUGAUGCUUCAUUGUCUGACUGCGACAGCUCAACAGCGUUAUCAAUAGCAGUCGAAAAUGGUCAUCGAGAUAUUGGUGUUUUAAUUUAUGCUCAUUUAAAUUAUACCUACAAUGAUCGAUUUAAUAAAUCAUAA